CACAACGCUUGUUCACAAACGCUUCCAUUGUCCUCGCUGCAUCCACCUCAAAAUAAAGUGAAUCGUCGCAUUCAAACUGUUCGUCAGUCAACGAAAAUUCAUAAUACGUGUGUCACCAGAGGUGUACAGGUUAAUAAGGGAAGCUGUAAAAUCCCUAGUGUCAGUGAUACAUUUAUCACGUCAUUUCAAAAUGCAACGGAUUUUAAAACCAAAUCAAAUGUAGAAAAAGUUUGCGCGGUGAUGACCAUUCAGCGAUACGUUCGAGGUUGGCUGGCCAGAAAGCUUGCGAAGGAAAUCGAAGUGCAGAGAAGGAAAAUAGUCUCGCCACGAAAGGAUGACACUCACGCGAACGUUCAGAAGAACGAGUGUCUCCACCCGAAAAUUCGCUCCAGGGAAGUUCGCCCGGUGACCAAAACCGACAUCGAAAUCUUCUACGCACUUAUCGAGCGUUGGAGACGGGCCGAGAUAUGCAGGAUAUCUGAAGUGAGCACCAAGGUCUCACAGAAGGCACUUUUCUGCGCUUUGUUGGAGAAGGAGAUAAAAAUGCUCUCCCAAAUCGAGAAACUAAGAUGCAGAAUUCGGGAAGAAGAACGUAGGAAAUCGGACAGAGCUGUUCUUGAAAUUGCAUCGCAGCCCACUACGUGGCGAAGUUACAAGGAGAUCAAGGUGUCGAUGGAAACCAUCAGAGUACAACGAGCCAAAGAACUAAGGAAACUCUACAAUUCCAUUUUUCAGGAGAACAAAUCCCUCGAAGAAAGAUUAGAAUUGCUUAUCAGUCUUAAAUAUGCUCUGAAGAAGCACGACUCCGCGAUGGUGCCGGAACUCGCCCGGCUGAUCGACCGGGAGUGCGAGCUGAGCGUGCGAGGUCUCGGCAGACAACUGGACGUGCUGCGGGAGCGAAUCAGAACACUGUUCGUGGCGUUCAUCAAAGAAGCCUACAGCAACACUGAAGCCAACACCAACUUUACAUAGAACUGAAGGGAAAAGCGUGUAGUUCUCAACUCGAUGGAGUUUAAUGUUGAAAAAAAAAAAA